AGCGGAAGUUUAAAGCGACGCUCGUCCCAAACAAACAGCUGGUUAGCAUUGCAGGCUAUGAAGCUAGCAGGCUCGCGGUGUCUCUGCUGUGUGUUACGAUGGCAGCUGCACCAAAACAUUAGCAUCAGAGCUAAAGUCCGAUUACUGCUGUGAUUAAUGAACACGACGGUCCGUGAGGAGCCGCUCAUUAACCGCCUGUGUGCUAACGGGGCUAGUUAGCCUCAUUAGCCGCUCACAACAACAACAGCAGCGGCUGUCAACACUGAAUUCUUCCUCGUUAGCAUCCCGCACAGUUUCCACUGCAAACCGCUGAUUUAAAGAAGUCCAGAUGGAAACAAACGUCCCGAAGCGGAGAGACAACAAGAAGUCACUGCGGGUGAAGGUGAUCAGCCUCGGGAACGCCGAGGUCGGAAAGAGCUGCAUCAUCAAACGCUACUGCGAGAAGAGGUUUGUUCCCAAGUACUUGGCCACGAUUGGCAUCGACUACGGAGUCACCAAAGUGCAGGUUCGCGACAGAGAAAUCAAAGUGAACAUCUUCGACAUGGCUGGACAUCCUUUCUUCUAUGAGGUGCGUAAUGAGUUCUACAAGGACAGUCAGGGCGUGCUGCUGGUGUACGACGUCGGCCUCCGGGAGAGCUUCGACGCCCUCGACAGCUGGCUGGGCGAGAUGAAACAGGAAAUGGGCUCUCAGGCCAACAUGGACAGCAUCGUGUUCAUCGUCUGCGCCAACAAGGUGGACCUGACGAAGCGGCGGGUGGUGGAUGAGGGCGAGGGGCGUCUGUGGGCGGAGUCCAGAGGGUUUCACUACUUUGAAACGUCAGCGCAGAGCGGCGAGGGCAUCAACGAGAUGUUUCAGUCGUUCUUCUCCUCCAUCACCGACAUGUGUGAGAACGGCGGGAAGCGUCCGGUGUCCGAGGUCAGCGUCGGCUUCACCAAAGAGCAGGCCGACACCAUCCGACGCAUCCGGAACAGCAAGGACUCCUGGGAUAUGCUGGGCGUCAAACCUGGAGCCACGCGGGAGGAGGUCAACAAGGCGUACAGGAAGUUGGCGGUCCUGCUUCACCCGGACAAAUGCGUCGCCCCCGGCAGCGAGGACGCUUUCAAGGCCGUGGUGAACGCCCGCACCUCACUGCUGAAGAACAUUAAAUAACACACACACACGGCGACUGUGUUAGAGUUUGGACCUCUCGUUGCUCAGACAUGGACUGAAGAACGAACAGUGUUUAUUUAUUAUCCUCUAUUUAUUUAGCCUGAAGCUCUCGUGUGCCAUGUUGCUCGCCACAGUGCUGCACGCCAACGUAACGUCUGGUUCACCGCCAGUUUUAACUUAAUGACUACGUUUUAUCUGUGUGUGUGUGUGUGUGUGUGUGUGUGUGUGUUAGUGUGUGUGUUAAAGUGUUCAUGCUUCCUGUUGAUGACAUCAGCAGGGCUGCGGGUCGAAGGUCAGGUCGUUGGUUCUGUUAGAAUCUGCUGUGAACUCGUUCAUUAAAUGUUCCAACAUGUGAAGUCAUUAACACUUAAAGCUAAAUGUUCAUUAACACGUCUCCACCUCCUCGUUCCCAUUCUUAAAUCUUUGCUGCCAAAUCACUACAAGGUGAAGUGACGUGAUGAAACUGCAUGAUUAAUAUUAAAAUUAAACUUUAAUACUCAAGAUGUGGCCAAAGCUCCGCCCACAAGCACUCUGUGGGAGGAGUUAAGUAUCAUCUGCUGUAAUUAGUUCCCUCAAAUGACUUAUGUUUGUUUAAGGGAAUUGUUAGCGUAUGACCCGAUACAUCUCAUUUGUGCUCCUAGAUUUCAGUUUUUCACUCAAACUGUGAUUGUGACGGAUUGUUCCCUGAAGUUUCUGUUGUUUCAAAGUUCAGAUUGUCUCAUAUCAAACUUUCACUUGUCUUCUUUCCCCAAACUCAACUCGUUUGUGCUCAUACCACCAACUGAAUCCAUUAAACUUUAAGUUGUUCCCUCAAAUUGCUAA